AUGUAUCAAGUGUACCAGAAAUUAAAAGUUAUGAGGAAAGAGCUGAGAACUCUUAAUAAAACAGAGUUUAGCAACAUUGAAGCUAAAGUGAAGGCCUCCAAGGAUUUACUUGGUAACCUGCAAAAAGACUUACUGCUUGACCCCUUCAAUGAGAAUCUGCAUGGUGAAGAGAGAGCUGUCAGCAACAACCUUAUUAAAUGGAUGAGGUGGGAAGAGAACAUCCUAAGGCAGAAAUCUAGGAUUCUUUGGAUCAAGCUUGGAGAUCAAAAUUCUAAAUUCUUCCAUAGAAGUAUUUUACAGAGACAGUCUAGGAAAAAAAAUUUAUCCCUGAAGCUCAUUGAUGGGAGUAUUGAGACUAAGAAAGACAAAAUUCAAGCUGAGAUUAAUGGUAAUGUUCUGGAUGAUAAUGACAGAAGGGAGCUGGAUAGUGUGGUUCUGAAUGAAGAAAUAAAGGCAGUUAUUUUCUCCAUUAAAGAUGAUAAAAGCCUAGGGCCAAAUGGUUACAGCAGUGAUGUCUUUAAGAGUAGCUGGAAUAUAGUUGGAGAGGAUGUUACUCAGGCUAUUAUGGAGUUCUUAAAUACAUGUAGUAUGCUAAGGCAAACUAACUCUACUAUAAUCACUCUCAUCCCUGAAAAAGAUAGCCCUGAAUAUAUUGGGGAUUAUAAACCUAUUGCUUGCUGCAAUGUCAUCUAUAAAGGGAUUUCAAAGAUUCUGACUAAAAGAAUCAGUAGAGUUUUAAACAAAAUUAUAAACCCUUGUCAAUAUGCUUUUUUUCCUGAUAGAGGAGGUGCUAAUAGGCUUUACAUUCCCAAACAAGAUUAUCAACUUGAUCAUGAAUUGCAUCAGGACUUGUAUGUUCUCAAUAAUGAUCAAUGGGAAAAUAACUGGAUACUUUUCUUAAGGAAAAGGCUCAUGGUGCAUCACACAAAAACUGGAUCUGGUUUUGGUUAUCAUAAAGAGUGCAGGGACAUCAAGUUAAACCACCUUUGUUUUGCUGAUGAUAUGUUCCUCUUUAGUAACGCAGAUACUCAGUCAAUCAAGAUUAUGAAAGAUACUUUGGAGUCUUUUAUAAAGUUUUCUGGCCUGGCUCCCAAGCAGAGUAAGAGCACAAUCUUCUUUAAUGGAAUUUCUGAGCCUUUGAAGAUGGAAAUUCUCAGUCUUAUUGGCUUCACAGAAGGGACCCUUUCAGUCAGGUACUUAGGGCUUCCUUUGGUUACAACUAGACUUUUAAAAACUCACUGCAAUGAGCUGAUUAACAGAAUAACUUAUAGAGUGAGUAGUUGGUCCUCCAAAAGCCUCUCUUAUGCAGGAAGAAUUCAGUUAAUUAACUCAGUCUUGAUGAGUAUGCAGAUUUACUGGUGCUCAGUUUUCUUACUGCCUAAAGCUGUCAUUCAAGGGGUUGAAGCUGUCUGUAGGAACUUCCUUUGGAAUAACCAAAACACUGAUAGGAAAGGAGGUUUGGUUAGCUGGAAGAAAAUUUGUUGCAAUAAGUGCUUUGGUGGUUUGGGCAUCAAGUAUAUGAUAACUUGGAAUAAAGCUGCUUUGAUCAAGCAUAUUUGGGGCUUAAUUAGUCUAAAGCCUUCCUUAUGGGCUACUUGGGUCAAUGCUAACAAGCUCAAGAGACUGAGCUUUUGGGGGAUUGAGAAGCCUUAUGAUAGCUCCUAG